GCGUAAUAUGAAAAAGUGAGUUUUACAAAAGAAAAUUAUCCCAAAAUAAUAAUAUUUGAAAUGGUUGUUCAGUGUCAUGUUUAGAGGAGAUCAGAAAUGGCGUCGAAGCUAACUUCAAAGCUCUUCUCAUGGCUGAUUCUGCCGACGUUGCUUCUCAUUUUCCUCUACUCUCUAUCCCUUCCUCUUUAUGCUCCUACUUCUCCGAAACCCAAAAUUCCCAUCUCUCCUUCUUGUAAUCUCUUUAAAGGAAAGUGGGUCAGCGACCCGAAUCGCAGACCCAUUUACGAUGAGUCCUGCCCCUUUCACAGGAACGCCUGGAACUGUCUCAGAAACCAAAGAGAGAAUAUGGGUCGGAUCAAUUCUUGGAAAUGGAAGCCCGACAAGUGUGAUUUAACUCGGAUCGACCCAGUUGGGUUCUUGGGUUCAAUGAGGAACAAGAAUAUUGGGUUUGUUGGAGAUUCGUUGAAUGAGAAUUUCUUGGUUUCGUUUUUGUGUACUCUUAGAGUGGCUGAUUCUGGUGCAAAGAAAUGGAAGAGAAAGGGUGCUUGGAGAGGAGCCUAUUUUCCAAAGUUCAAUGUUACCGUGGGUUAUCAUCGUGCUGUUUUGCUAGCGAAAUAUGAGUGGCUGCCAAAACAGCUUGACGAUUCCAACCAAGAUGGAUUGAAGGGAAGAUAUCGAGUAGAUGUUGAUAUUCCAGCAGAUGAUUGGGCUCAUAUUGGUGCCUUUUACAAUGUUCUAGUCUUCAACACUGGUCAUUGGUGGGGCUUUGACAAAUUCCCUAAAGAGACGCCUCUUGUUUUCUACAAGGCAGGGCAAUUGAUUCAACCUCCAUUAGAGAUGUUUGAUGGGUUUAAGGUUGUUCUUGAGAAUAUGAUUGCCUACAUAGAUAAAGAAUUACCAGAGAAAACACUUAAAUUUUGGCGCUUGCAAUCACCAAGGCACUUUCACGGUGGUGAUUGGAAUCAAAAUGGUAGUUGCACAAUGGAUGAACCCCUUGAUGAACUUCAGCUUGAUCUGUGGUUUGAUCCCAGAUAUAAUGGGGUUAACAAAGAAGCAAGGCGACUAAAUCAUUUGAUCGAAGAGGUUUUAAAAGAUACAACUAUCAGAAGCCUCGAUCUGACUCACUUGAGUGAGUUCCGUGCAGAUGCCCAUCCUGCCAUUUGGUUGGGGAAAAAGGAUGCAGUGUCGGUCUGGGGUCAAGACUGUAUGCAUUGGUGCCUUCCUGGUGUUCCAGAUACAUGGGUUGAUAUCUUGGCCCAGCUAAUCACUCCUCAUAUUUUAGAGACAGGGUGAUCACUAUAGAUGGUUGCAAAGCUUGCGUGAUUCAUUUGCAACUGAGCUCCUGAUACAUCAAGACGUCAGCUUUUUUGACAACAACUACAAACUUGCUGAUCUGAAGGAGGUGGUAGAACCAGUUCAUUAUUUUGUAUUCCCUUACAUUCUUUCUAUCAUUUGGAGGGGUAGGGGGGGGGGAGGGGGGUUGGAGAUUUGACCUUUGAAACUGUUUAGCCUUGUUCCAGGGGCUUUGGUUAGAGAUGUUUUCUGGUGCUUACCUUAUUGGGAGGAACAAUGGGGGCUGAUUAUAAGCCAAAAGGCCUAGAGUUUAAACUAAGAAUUAUUUUUUUUCUUUUUUCCCUUUUCACCUCAUACCUCAGGAGGAUUGUUCCCCACUUAGAAACUUUGUAGAACAUGUAUAAACAUUGCUAUAACUUUUUUUUCCUUUUUUGUUUCCAUCAGGUGGUCUCUUCUUUUUCAAAUUUUGUGUUUUUGGGUGGAGGAUGUAUAAUGUAUUAUUAUAAUCGUGUGAAUGUAAAAAAAAGAUUUGUUCAAGUUGCUCGAUAA